UUCAAUAUGGAUUAUGAUCCCAUCCCAACUGUUGUACCAGCCGAACCCUUAGAUGUCGAAGCUGAUACGGUGGCAUUGCGAACAGCCAUGAAAGGUUUCGGCACCGAUGAACAGGCCAUUAUUGACAUAUUAACAGCACGGUCUAAUGCCCAACGCCAACUGAUAAAGGAGAAUUUCUUGCGUGAAUAUGGCCGUGAUUUGAUCGAAGAUUUAAAAAGUGAAUUGGGUGGUAAAUUUGAAGAUGUUAUCAUUGCCCUGAUGAUGACCCCAGUACAAUAUUUGUGCAAGCAAUUGCAUAAAGCUAUGGCCGGUAUGGGUACGAAUGAAAGUGCUCUGGUGGAAAUACUCUGCACCAAAUCGAAUGAAGAAAUGGCGGAAAUUGUGAAGUGCUAUGAAGAUAUGUAUGAUCGUCCAUUGGCCGAACAUAUGUGUAGCGAAACGUCGGGUCAUUUUCGUCGUUUGUUAACAUUAAUUGUAACAGGUGUUAGAGAUCCCGUCGGUACAGUAGAUCCCGAUAAAGCUAAGGAACAAGCUGAACAAUUGUACAAUGCUGGUGAAGCCAAAUUGGGUACCGAUGAAGAAGUGUUCAAUCGCAUUCUGGCACAUGGUAGCUUUGCCCAACUGCGUUUGGUUUUUGAGGAAUACAAACAAUUGUCGGGACAGACAAUUGAACAGGCCAUCAAACAUGAAAUGAGUGGAGAGUUGCAUGAGGCAAUGAUGGCCAUAGUUGAAUGUGUACAAUCUCCACCGGCCUUCUUUGCCAAUCGCCUGUUCAAAGCCAUGGAUGGUAUGGGCACCGAUGAUACCACAUUGAUACGCAUUAUAGUUUCACGUUCGGAAAUUGAUUUGGGUAAUAUUAAAGAAGAAUUUGAACGUAUUUACAAUCGCACUCUGGUCAGUGCUGUUAAGUCGGAAACAUCGGGUGAUUACAAACGUGCCCUGUGUGCCUUAAUUGGUGGUGCAUAAAUUUGUACAAUAAUUACUAAUAACAACGAAUCUCUUUGGCCAAAAAC